AAGAGAAAUACAGAAAAACUAAAUACCCAAGCAGCGUACCGAACAACGACCGCAACCGAAUGGAAAACAAUACAAAGUGUAGCAGAAUAUGAAAAAUAAAGAAGCAGAAAAAAGCACACACAGAAUAGCAUCGUUUGCGCGGAGCCGCAAUCUCUAUCCGUUACUAUGAAUACACGAAGAGAAAAAAGAAACGGGCUUCGAGCCCGAAUGAGAGAAAGAGCGAAACGAAACCUGUGCUAGCUCAUAGGUCGUGCGGCAUAUAAAAACCAUUCGACAUAACGAUAGUCGCAACAUUAGCUAUAGCUCCUUUGCACGUGAAAGUGGUUAAGGACACCUAACAUACACAGCAACUCAAGUGUUACGCUCUAACCAAGAUUGUUAGAUUGUUUUAUAUACGUUACAAAUUGAAUUUGUGCAUACAAAAAUUCCGUUGAAUAUAUCAUAUUUUCGUUUAAACGUUUGUAGCUUAAUCUUUGAACUUUUCUUUAUUGGCAUAGUGUCAUUUUAAUUGAUUCCAUAUAUUCGUGUGUGUUGAGCAUAAAAAUCGAAGCAAAAUGAAGGUUCAAGUACCAACAUCCAGUCAUUUACCGAACAUUUGCGUGGUCGAUCCUUUGCGAAAUCGACAAAAUGCCGACGUACAAACCAGAAUCAAAGAACUUACAAUUUCCGACCAACCAAUUGAGAAAAUGUCAAACGCAAUCGAGCCAAAGGAUGUGGACAACACCAAACAGAAGCAACCGGAACAAAUUCGAGUUGAAGUUGUUCAGGAAAAAGAUACUGAAGAAAUUCUCAACAUGCUUAAAGCCUACUUUUUCAAGGAUGAGCCAAUGAAUAAUUAUCUUAAUAUGGGUGAUUGUGUGGAGUUAGAGAAGUACGCAACAAAAAGUAUUGGCGAACAAUGUUCCUUUAAAGCGCUCAAUUCACGUGGUGAAAUUAUUGGUGUGGCCAUGAACAGCAUUGUAAAAAAACCGAAGCCGGAUCAACCAUUUCACAGUUAUGCAGCCGAUUGUAAUCAUCCGCAGUUUAAGAAAAUUCUUACGCUUAUGGAAUACAUUGAUCAUCAGUACAGUACAUUUAAUCUGUAUCCAGAUAUAGAUAAAUUUUUAGAUGCAACCAUUUUAUCGGUGGAUGCCAACUACCGGGGCUACGGUGUGGCUGGUAAAUUAAUGGAGGCAACCAUGCAAUAUAUGCGAGAUAAUAAAAUUACCGUGUUUCAAGUGCUAUGCUCAAGCUAUUUUUCGGCACGUGUUUGUGAGAAGAUGGGCUUUAAAAAAGUCUACGUACUACCAUUUGUUGAUUAUAAAGUUGAUGGCGUCAAUCCAAUUCUGCCAGCCGAACCGCACAAAGCCAUUCAGAUUUUGGUUAAAGAGAUUCAUUAGCGUGAAUCGGUGUAAUUGGUGUCUUACCAAACAUGUAUUGGAAAUAAUUGUAUCUUUUCAGUUGUAGACCAAGAGAUUUCAAUCCACCAUCCACCUUAGCAACAGCAGAUGAAGAAAAAAUAACACAAAUCGAUCAUAAUUCAAUACACAAACUCUUGUUCAUCUGUUGAUCAGUAGAAUUAGAUCAUGACAUUGAAUUUUUUGAUCCACUUCAUGUGCUAUACAUUACGUCUAUCGGUGAGACGUAAAAGAAUGUAUUUCUUUUCUAAAUUUAUAUUUUUGAAACGGAGAGUAUGUUUUCUGUUGAUUCUAUCUGCGUUAAACGAAAGUAUGUUGGUAUACCGUCUAGCCUCCGCGGUUUUUCACGGUUUCCGCGGAACUGAUAAACGAUAAAAACAUGGUGUAAGAUAACAACAUGGAUAAGAAAUAAGAGAUAACUGUCUUGAGCAAUGUUAUAGAAGACCUCAAGUACUACAACUUUGUCGAAAACACUAUGUUGUUAUCUCUUAUCAGUUCCGCGAAAACCGAGCAAAAUCGCGAGUACCCGCCAAAAACGGACAUACAUUCUUCUAACCAUUAUUAGUUACAAUGAAACAUAAUUCUCUUUAUUGCUAUGCAGUUGGACAAACUUGCGUUCUUUUACGUCUCACUUAUAGACAUAUAUAUUAUUUUUUACGCUUAAUAAACCAGAAGAAUUUUUUCUCGUUGUGUUUUUUUGUUUACCCAAACGAAAUCACGUUUCAAAUGAUUACCAACCAUAGCCUGGAAUCCAAUGACAAUUGGGCAAUCACUUUGACAUUUCCUCGAUUAAAAUCGAAUGUUUUCAUCAAAAGAGCCGGUUUUAUGCAAAUGUCUUUACAUAAAUGCAAACGUCACGUAAAAUCGGAUCUUUUCAUGCAACGACUCGUUCAAUAGUUACGCUGGCCACCGCAUUUUCUAGCAGCACAAUCGCUGUUGCCAGUCAGUGCCAUGAUUUAUUACCAACCAAGUCAUUUGUGAUUGAUUUACAUAAAAUGUGUUCAACAAUGUGUUGUGUUAUAUAUGUUCAACAAAUGAUAAUUUAUGUUUUAUGGCCAGUGCCAUAAAUCAAUUUGCCAUGCAAUUAGGAAGGUACAAGCCGAUUGAAAAUAAUAACAGGCAAAUGAUAUCAUCGUUUCAGGCGGAAAAAAUCGCAUUUUUUCUCUCUUUUUUUCUUCAUUUUAAUUCAGAUUAACUGUCUUGUUUUUAUUGAUUUUCAAGCUUUAACGAAAACUUGUAUCGAUUGAAAGAACGAUUCCAGAGAUGCAGAUAAAUUGCUAACUCAACAAUUGAGUUGAACAACAUUUCCCUAAUCACAUCGAGCUUAUUACCUCAAUGGUGAUAUUUAAAUCAUGAAUUGAUUCUUAUUGAUUAAUAUUCUAAAAGAAAUAAAAAGAAAUAUGAUUUUAUGACACCCCGACCGAACUCAUCGCACGAACCUUGCUCCCAUAUAUACUACUUAGUUAUAGUUUGAGCACAAAAAUAGAGUUCAAAGCAGAAGAAGAAAAAAUGUAAGAUUUUCUAAAACGUAAUUUGGUCUUAUGUGUUAUUUUGAAAGAAAGAGAAACGUGAGGAAGAAGUGUAAAAUAAUCGAAUGCUAUUUUUGAAAUGAUUUGAUAAAAAUGAUACGUUUUGCGGUUACUUCCAUUUCAUUUUAACAUUUCCAUUGUCAUCGAUGGAACUAAAAUUGAUCAACUAUUUAUUGGGUUCCCGCCUAUGAUACUUUCUGAUUAUUGGUCAUUUUAAUUGAAGCCUUUGGUUGAAGGGAAUAACACAUUUAACAAAGUUUGGAUAGAAUAUUUGCAUUGGAUGAAAGCUCAAUAAAAACAUGUACAUUGUUCCUCGUUAAAAAUAAAAAUAAAUGUAAACAAACUUGUGAGAAAUAUUA